AUGCCUUUAAACUACACGUCCCUCGACCCCGACCGACAACAAAUUCGUCUACUGACAAUUGAACGGUCAAGAUCAUAUGACUCUCCGUUACGAGCAUCACUUCGAGUUGCCUCAUUACUCGAUGAGCCGAAGCCUAACUACAAAGCACUUUCCUACACUUGGGGGGACAUGGAUGCAAAGGACCAAUAUCCAAUGAUCAUAGAUGGAUGUGAAGUGUUUGUUUUGCCGACACUCUCGACAUUCUUACGUAGCUUACGCCAGGCUCUGCCAAGGCAACGAUGCGUCGUUUGGUGUGAUUUCAUCUGCAUCAAUCAAGAUGAUAUUAAUGAGAAGCAUCAUCAGAUUCUGCUUAUGGGAGACAUAUAUAAGUUCGCCAGGCGUGUGGUUGCAUUCCUGGGUGAGUCAACAUUGGACAUUGAGGCGGCAAUAUAUCUCUAUGCCUCACAUACAAAAGAACUUCAAGGCAAAUAUGCCGCUCGCUUAAAGGAGCGGUGCUGGCUCUCAGACCAAACAGCAUUGCGUGGAUCUGGGGAUAAUGUAUCCCUUAUUGAUGAGAAAAAAACUCAACUCCUAAGGAUUCACGCCUGGAAUGGUAUAGCUGAGAUCAUGUCUUCGCCAUACUGGAGAAGACUGUGGACAUACCAGGAAUGGUUUCUGCCCACGAAAAAGCCAAUUUGCAUGUCCGGAAGUAGGGCCUUUGAACUGUGGGACAUGGAGUCCGUUAUGGAUGAAAUGUAUGGCUUCACGCCGACCUCGCAGAAAGUCGAUGGUGAAAUGAAUCAUACGUCCUACUCUGUUUACACAGAAGAGUCUGUGGACCGGGCUCUUGAUAACAUUAAUGCCAGUGGCGCCCCUAUUGAGCUAUUGGCCUCAGACAGUGAAAUGCGUACCAGCACUUCCGACAAGCAACUUAGCGUCAGCGCUCUUCUUUUCACAACAAUAAACCGAUCUUGUAGCGUACUACUUGAUAGAAUCUAUGCACUCUACUCAAUGUCACCCUCGCUUGCGUGCGAACGUCCACCCAACUACAAGAAAGCGAUUCAGCAAGUGUUCGUCGAAACGACAGCGCAUAUUCUAAGCUCUGAGCCAGAGACGGAAAUAUUCAAGUUGUUCCCUUUAUUGAAAGACCCGUCGUAUCCAUCAUGGACGCUGGACUUCUCUGCAAGUGGCGAAGCCCAAUUCGGAUAUUCUCAAAGCCCAAUCGCGAAUUGCAAUAUCGAUGAAUCUCUCUGGUCGAAUGGAGGCACUCUCGCAGUCCAACUGGAUGAGCAGCUUUCCGGCCUCCGCUUACAUGUUAAGAUCCUCGGCAAUGUGUCACUUUACGAUGUGCUUCCCCCAGAAUCUGAAGCCCGGCUCGUGCAGAACCAGUAUCGUGACAUAACCAAGAACUACGGGGGAUCUAGCUCGAAGAAACUUGCAAGGUAUUAUUUGGAGAUCAUCCACGCGCUUUCCUUUCGUGGGAGGGACCCCGAAGAUCCUAUUCCUGAAGACGAAUUCGCUGAAAUGGUGGAAUUGAUAGACAUGGACGGCCCCCAUGCGGAACAAUUCAGGACAUUGGUUGAAUCUCCACCAGGCGAAGAAGGUGGAAGCGGGAAAAGUCUGUUCUUCGUGAAGGAAAAGGGUCGAUAUUUGAGCAUCGGAUUCUCAGGUGCAGGCGUCCAGGAUGGUGAUAUUUUGGCCAUUCCGUAUGGGUUCAAUCAAACUUUUGUCCUGAGACGGCUGUCAUAUCCUUCUCACGUUAAUGAUCACUCGCGGUUCAAAAUUGUAGACAUGGCAUACGUUGCAGGACUUAAACGCUUCAAGUCCCCAAGAUCUUCGAAGACUCCUUUGGUCCAAACUCUGAUCAGCCGUCCUAGGUUUGAAGUGGUGAUUUGCUAA